AAGUGCGAUGCCUGCCCAGCAAAGUUCAGCCAUAACGAACGCCUCCAGCGUCACAAGCAGACACACACCGGCGAGAAACCAUACAAGUGUGAUGCCUGCCAAGCGGAGUUCAGUGAGAGAGUGAACCUACAGCACCACAAGCAGACACACACGGGCGAGAAGCCAUACAAGUGCGAUGUCUGCCCAGCGAAGUUCAGCCAGAGCGGGCACCUACAGCGUCACAAGCGGACACACAGGAGCGAGAAGCCGUACAAGUGCGAUCUCUGUCCUGCUGGGUUCAGCCAGAGCAAGAGCCUGUCGUAUCACAAACUGACGCACACAGGCAAGAAAACAUCCAAGUGCAGUGUUUCUUCUGCGGAGUUCGGUCAGAGAGGGAACUUACAGCAGCACAAGCUGACACACACGGGCGAGAAGCCAUACAAGUGCGAUGCCUGCCCAGCGAAGUUCAGCCAUAAUGAGCAUCUCCAGCGUCACAAGCGGACACACACCGGCGAGAAACCAUACAAGUGCGAUGCCUGCCCAGCGGCGUUCAGUGAGAGAGGGAACCUGCAGCAGCACAAGCGGACACACACGGGCGAGAAGCCAUACAAGUGUGAUGUCUGCCCAGCGAAAUUCAGCCAGAGCGGGCACCUCCAGCGUCACAAGCGGACACACAGGGGCGAGAAAUCGUACAAGUGCGAUCUCUGUCCUGCUGGGUUCAGCCAGAGCAAGAGCCUGUCGGAUCACAAACUGACGCACACGGGCGAGAAAACAUACAAGUGCAAUCUUUGCCCUGCGGAAUUCGGGCAGAGAGGGAACUUACAGCAGCACAAGCGGACACAUACGGGCGAGAAGACAUACCAGUGCGAUGCAUGCCCGGCGGAGUUCAGCCAGAACGGACAGCUCCAGCGUCACAAGCGAACGCACACCGGCGAGAAACCAUACAGGUGUGGUGCUUGCCCAGCGGAGUUCAGUGAGAGAAGGAGCCUGCAGCAGCACAAGCGGACACACAUGGGUGUGAAGCCAUACAAGUGCGAUGCCCGCCGUGCUGACCUCUGCCUGAGGAGGAACCUACGGCAGCGUAAGCGGACACACACGGGCGAGAUGCUAUACAUGUGUGAUGUCUGCCCUGGUAAUUUCAGCCUGAGCAGGAACCUACGGCAGCACAAGCGGGCAUACACGGGCGAGAAGCCAUAAAAGUACGAUGUCUGUCCUGCGGAGUUCAGUCAGAGCAGACACCUACAGAGUCACAAGACAGACAGACUCGAAGCCAUACAGGAGCAUUCCCUGUUCUGCAAACUUGAGGGAUCAGUCACAGGACCAGCAGGCACCAGCCAGCGAACCAAAUAGCUGCUGGCUGAGCACGAGCUAGUUCAGCCAGAGCAGGAACCUGUGGCUUCACAUGUCUCCACAAGACACUUGAGAUUUGAAACUGUGCAAGUACAGAUGCCAUGUACAUGCGAAAGAAUCCGUCCAAUUAAGUGUCACUUCUG